AUGCUGAAGAAGAUUCUGCCCGUCACUAUAUUACUGAACGCUGUGAGCCCGGGGCUAUUCCUCCUUAUUGUAGGAUGUCUUACUUUAUACUUUAUAACAUCAUCUUUAGCUGCAACAAAAUCUUUUUCACAGAAAACUCUGUUCUAUGUGUUAGUCCUUUGUAUUCUAUCUAUGCUGACUAGUCAGACUCCAGCACCGGCCUGUAGGCUCCAGAUUUUGCAAAUGUUUGAGGAUUAUGGAUAUUUCCAGGAUGGAGACAUUAUAAUCGGAGGAGUUGUCACUGUCCACGAUCAUGUGGUUAAAAGGAAAAAAACUUCAAGAGAAAAUAUAUGUUUUCUACCCCUCACUUCUUACUACAAGCAUCGAUUGGCUUUCUAUUAUUCUGUUGAUGAAAUCAAUAAUGAUCCUUCUAUUCUACCAAACAUGACUCUGGGAUAUCACAUAUAUGACUCCUGUUCAGAUCCCAGGAAGGCGAUAAAGAGCAUUUUACAGAUUUUAUCUGGGCCCGGACCCAUCGUCCCUAACUACUCCUGCACCCGGAAGAAGGUUGUUGGUUUAAUUGGAGAUCAUUUUUCAUCCACCACUUUACCUAUAGCCCAACUCCUGGGGAUAUAUCCGUAUACACAGAUUAGUUAUGGAGCAACAGACACAUUUCUAAAUGACAGACGUCUGUUCCCGUCUUUUUUCCGGACUGUUCCUGAUGACUACACCAUUUAUUCUGCGAUAUCUCAUUUUCUGAGUCACUUUGGGUGGACCUGGGUUGGAAUCAUAUCCUCUGAUGAUGAUGCUGGAGAUAGAGAAACCCGUCUGCUGACAAACCUUCUCGCCAGUGGGGGAAUCUGUGUGGACUAUCUCUGCAAACUUGGAAAACAGGAUUAUUGGAAGAAAAAUUAUGAAGAACAACAGAUUAAGCAGAUUAGGAAGUCAUCUGCCCGGUUUAUUAUAUUUUGCGGAACUUUUUCUUUGUUUAUUGACAGAUUUCUAGUUAAACUUGUGACACACGGCAUCACCCUAAUCCUUCCUCCCAACUUUUCUACUUUUAACGCAAAUUCUAAAUAUAAUGUAGGAACAUACAAUCUCAGUUUAUUUUUUGACCUGAGCUCAAAACAAAUUCCAGAAAUGAGAAAAUACUUCAUAACUUCCAGUCCUCAAUUCAUCCACAGUGACACGCUCCUCGCUGACCUCUGGGUUAUAUGGUUUAAGUGCUUAUCAGGAAAUAGGCAAAAGGAGAAAGUAUUUGAGGAAACAUAUAAAAUAACUUUCCAUGAAUGUACUAAAAAAGAUAAAGCUGUUGUAUUACUUAAAUGGAUAUUCUUUCAUAUGUCAGUGGAAGAAAUGGACGGAAAAUCUACCCAAGUGUAUCAGGCUGUUCAUUCCCUGACUGCUGCCCUACACCAUAUGUACGUCUCUCAUGGUGACGAAUCUACAGGUCAUUGGUUACAGAAACAUGAGAAGUUGCGCUAUUAUGUGAAAGGUCUGAUGUGUCCAGAUGAAUCUGGAAAAGAAAGUAGAUGUUUUACUGAAAAAGGAGAUAAAGAAGCCAACCUUGCUAUUUAUAAUAUCGUUACUUUGGAUGAUAAAAUGUCUUUCAAGACGUUGGGAUCUUACAGGCAUAGCGCCACGGGCGAUAUUGAUUUAAAAAUUGACUCAGAAAAAAUAUUAUGGAAAAUGAACACAACAAAUAUCCCCAGAUCCCAAUGUUCCCCGAGAUGUUCACCAGGACACAGGAAAGUGACCACUUCUAGUAUACACUUGUGCUGCUAUGACUGCGCCCCAUGUUCAGAGGGAGAAAUCUCCAAUAUAACAGAUAGUAAAGAUUGCAUGAAAUGUCCAGGAGACUCGUGGUCACAUGAGAACAGAACAUUCUGCGUCCUGAAGGAGAUGGAAUAUUUAUCUUAUACUGAGGACAUCAUUUCUAUGGCUUUUUUCUAUUUAUCCUCUUUCUUCUGUAUUCUGACAUUUUUAAUUUUUGCUAUAAUUUUUAUAAACCAUGACACCCCAAUUGUGAGAGCGAAUAACAAGAACCUGAGCUUUGUCCUCCUGGUCUCCAUCAUGCUCAGCUUCCUUUGUGUCUUCUUGUUCCUUGGUCGUCCUGUGGAUAGAACCUGUAUGAUACGUCAGAUCUUUACUGGAAUACUACUCUCAAUAUCCAUCUCUUCAUUGUUGGCCAAGACCAUAACGGUUUACAUUGCGUUCAAAGCCACCAAGCCUGGAAGUGUGUGGAGAACAUGGACUGGAGUAAAGCUCCCUAACUGUGUGCUCCUGAUCUGCUCCUCUAUCCAGGGGGUCAUCUGUAUGAGUUGGGUGACCCUCUCUCCCCCCUUCCAGGAGCUGGACACACACUCUUAUAAGGAGAAGAUGGUCGUUCAGUGUAAUGAAGGGUCAGAUCUUUGGUUCUACUCUGUCCUGGGUUAUAUGGGGAUUCUGGCCGCUGUUAGUUUUAUUACAGCUUUCUUAGCCAGGACAUUACCGGACAGUUUCAAUGAGGCUAAGUACAUCACCUUCAGCAUGCUGGUGUUCUGCAGUGUCUGGAUAGCCAUGAUCCCGGCUUAUCUCAGCACCAAAGGCAAAUACAUGGUGGUUGUUGAGAUAUUUGCCAUCCUGGCCUCUAAUACUGGACUGUUGGGUUGUAUAUUUUUCCCUAAAUGUUAUAUCAUUCUGUUUAAGCCUGAACUAAAUACAAGAAAAUACAUAAUGGAAACUAAAAAUACUAAGUUACAUAAUUAA